GAGCGUUGAGUGACAUGCCACUAUAAAUACCGCUGACGGGAAACCGUUCAGGCAUAGUUGAAGCGCCUGCGGAGAAGGUGGUCGGAGGGCUGUUGUUUUUACGCUGAGACCGAUUGAAUCGCGGCGGUCGUAAGAAAAAAAAGUUCAAAAUGCAGAUCUUUGUGAAGACCCUGACUGGCAAGACCAUUACCCUGGAGGUGGAGCCCAGUGACACCAUUGAGAACGUGAAGGCCAAGAUCCAGGACAAAGAGGGCAUUCCCCCUGACCAGCAGAGGCUGAUCUUCGCCGGCAAGCAGCUGGAAGAUGGCCGCACCCUCUCUGACUACAACAUCCAGAAAGAAUCCACCCUCCAUCUUAUCCCUGGACUGGCUAAGACCAUCUACACACCCUGGAGGUGCGAGCCCAGUGACACCAUUGAGAAUGUGAAGGCCAAGAUCCAGGACAAAGAGGGUAUUCCUGACCACAGCAGGAGGCUGAUCUUCGCCGGCAAGCUAGCUGGAAGAUGGUCCGCACCCACCUCUCUGGCGACUCUUCCACAACAUCCGGUGAAAGCAAUCCACCCUCGCAUCUUGCCAUAGCUGGGCAGUCUUUGAGGGGAGUGCAUGCAGAUCUUUGUGAAGAACCCUGACUGGGCAAAGCAGACCAUUACCCUGGAGGUGGAGCCCAGUGACACUUCAUUGAGAAUGUGGAAGGCCAAGAUCCAGGGACAAAGAGGGCAUUCCCCUGAUCAGCGGCGGAAGAGGUAUAUCUUUUUUGCUGGCAAGCAGCUGGAAGAUGGCCGCACCCUCUCUGACUACAACAUCCAGAAAGAAUCCACCCUCCAUCUUGUGCUGCGUCUGAGGGGAGGCAUGCAGAUCUUUGUGAAGACCCUGACUGGCAAGACCAUUACCCUGGAGGUGGAGCCCAGUGACACCAUUGAGAACGUGAAGGCCAAGAUCCAGGACAAAGAGGGCAUUCCCCCUGACCAGCAGAGGCUGAUCUUCGCCGGCAAGCAGCUGGAAGAUGGCCGCACCCUCUCUGACUACAACAUCCAGAAAGAAUCCACCCUCCAUCUUGUGCUGCGUCUGAGGGGAGGCAUGCAGAUCUUUGUGAAGACCCUGACUGGCAAGACCAUUACCCUGGAGGUGGAGCCCAGUGACACCAUUGAGAAUGUGAAGGCCAAGAUCCAGGACAAAGAGGGCAUUCCCCCUGAUCAGCAGAGGCUGAUCUUUGCAGGCAAGCAGCUGGAAGAUGGCCGCACCCUUUCUGACUACAACAUCCAGAAAGAGUCAACCCUCCAUCUUGUGCUGCGUCUGAGGGGAGGCAUGCAGAUCUUUGUGAAAACCCUGACUGGCAAGACCAUUACCCUGGAGGUGGAGCCCAGUGACACCAUUGAGAAUGUGAAGGCCAAGAUCCAGGACAAAGAGGGCAUUCCCCCUGACCAGCAGAGGCUGAUCUUCGCCGGCAAGCAGCUGGAAGAUGGCCGCACCCUCUCUGACUACAACAUCCAGGAAAAGAGAUCCACCUCCAUCUUUGUUGCUGGCGUCUGAGGGGGGAGGUGCAUGCAGAUCUUUGUAGAAAAAUAACCUGGACUGGCAAGAACCAUUCACACCCUGGAGGUGGAGCCCAGUGACACCAUUGAGAAUGUGAAGGCCAAGAUCCAGGACAAAGAGGGCAUUCCCCCUGACCAGCAGAGGCUGAUCUUCGCCGGCAAGCAGCUGGAAGAUGGCCGCACCCUCUCUGACUACAACAUCCAGAAAGAAUCCACCCUCCAUCUUGUGCUGCGUCUGAGGGGAGGCAUGCAGAUCUUUGUGAAGACCCUGACUGGCAAGCAUCCUGACAAACGCAUUGAGAACGUGAAGGCUGCCAAGAUCCCAGGACAAAGAGGGCAUUCCCCCCGGGACCAGCAGAGGCUGAUCUCUUUGCCGGCAAGCAGCUCGAAGAUGGCCGCGCGACCCUCUCUGGACUACAACAUCCCAGAAAGAAUCCCACCUCCAUCUGUGCUGGCAGCUUCUUAGGGAGGCAUGCAGAUCUUUGUGAAGACCCUGACUGGCAAGACCAUUACCCUGGAGGUGGAGCCCAGUGACACCAUUGAGAAUGUGAAGGCCAAGAUCCAGGACAAAGAGGGCAUUCCCCCUGACCAGCAGAGGCUGAUCUUUGCUGGCAAGCAGCUGGAAGAUGGCCGCACCCUCUCUGACUACAACAUUCAGAAAGAAUCCACCCUCCAUCUUGUGCUGCGCCUUAGGGGAGGCUGUUAAUUGUGUUUGUACCCUAGUCUGAAAGUUGCCAAUAAAAUUUGUUUGCACUGUAGCAGUUUGUCUUAAUAUUGUAAGGUAUUUGCAAGUUUAGUGACUGCUGGACUGUUUGUGUAAAAGCUAAUAAAGUUUUGUGUUGCACAUUGCUUGAUUGUCUUGAUGAAUAAAGAAUUCUGUAACCUGUA